CUCUUCUCUCCCCAGAUUCACUCACCGUCCGUCCGUCCAGGGAGCCAUGGCAGCAGCAGCAGCAGCCUGCAUCUGUCUGCAGCUCUCUCUCCCAAGCAACCAUUCUUCCUCUGCAUGUCCUCCAGCAUACAGGAAGCGUGUCGCGCUAGCCCCAGGGAGAGGAAACCGUCUUCUCUGCACUGCAUCUGGCGCCUCUUCUUCUUCUUCUGUGGUGGUGACCAAGGAGCAGGAGGAAGGAUCUCCUGAGCCCGAAAUCUUUAGCUACAAAGACGACCCCAACUUCAGGGGCUGCAAGGGCUGCGGCAGGGACGAGCUUCAGAGGGGCUGCAAUGGACAAGGCCGGAUCCAGGGCGGCAUAGCCGCCGUCCCGGGCUUCGGCUGGUGGCCCAUCAAGGCGUACCGGCCGUGCCCCGGCUUCGUCGCGUCCGGCGGCCGCUACCGGCGCCAGGGCCAAAGCAUGGACGACGUUGCAUCCGGCAGGGGGAAAAAGAAACCCUCUCCCGCCAAAAAACAAGCUUAACCCCUCUAGCUAGUUUAUGUUCAUCAGGUGAAUUCAGAAUCUACCCAAGAUGGGAGGGAACUGGGGGAAGCUCAAGUUAUUCAGGAACAGCAGUUUUUUUUGGGUCCACAACGCCAAUGUAUAUGCACUAGUUUGGAGUACUGUUUGCAGAAACAACAAUUGUAUCAGUAGCUUGGAACAUCUGACUGUACCCUAAUUGUAUUAUUGUCUUCAUCAAGUGGCGAAUGCAGGAUCUUGCACUGGUA